AUGCCACCAGAAAUUAUGCAUUUUAAAUUUGGCCACUCGAUGCAACCUACUCCUGCUUCUACACAGGAAGAUACACUUCCUGAUGAUAGUCCUCCCAGUUCUCAUCCACCUCAAGGCUACUAUAUCACAAAUCAAAUUCCUCCUUUAACUACAAAUUCUACUUCUGUUUAUCGCUGCCCUACUUUAACUGCUUUUCUUCACCAGUUAAAUCUCUCCCAAUAUCAUAAUUUGUUUGUUGAAGCUGGAGUUGGCGAAAAUGACCUUGAACAAUUUAUGGGUUUUGACGAAUCUGAAUUAAAAGAAGUAUUAUCUGCAAUCUCGAUGAAACCUUUCCAUUCUGCUGCUUUCAAAAAAGGGAUCAGAGGACUCAGACAAUCCCAUACUGCAAGUCCGUCUUCAUUAAUGACAAAUCAUUCAACUAACUCGUUCUCAACAUUAACAUUUCCUUCUGCUUCUCCGGAGAUUCAAUCAAACAAUCGUAAUAAGUUAGGCAAAUUAGGGGAAGCAACUGACAUAUCAUACUCUGUAAGUGAUAAAGCAUCGGCGGUAAUGGACGCAUCACAGAUGAAAGUAUCUCCAAAUAGAACAAACGCAGAAGAAUCUGCUGGAUCACCAAUUCAAGAGAUUCAAGAAUAUUCUAUGAAUGUAAUGCAGGAUGUCCAUCCGAUUUCAUCUACCAUACCGUCAUCGAUCACGAAUUCAACACAAACCACUUCAAAAGAUGUUAUUAUACAUCAUGCAACGAUUUACGGGAAGAAUAAUCCUAGAAAAUUGACAACAUAUGAACAAGCAAUUAAUCGAGCAGCUAUUGAGUUGGCACUUAUUGACCCUGCUUUGGUUGCCAACAAAGGUACCUUGUUCGAGAAAGCGAAGGCUAAGCUUCUGUCAGAAGGUUAUACGUAUAAGCGAGGCCAAUCUAGAUCUAAAUUGAAUCCAAAUGCACCAAAACCUGGGGUGAAAACAUCUCGCGCGACCCUUAUACAAAAACGAAAUGCACACGCUGCUCAGAAUAGUGAGAGUCGUAACGCACGCAUCUCAGAGCUUGAACGUAAAUUGCAGAUUAAAGAUACACAAUAUACUGUUACACAAGAAUUUAAACGAUUAAAAACGGGUGAUCCGGAUGGUUUAGCAAAAGUAGAAUUGACUUUAGAAGAAGUCGAAAAAGAACGUACUGAAAUUGCUAAGGAAUUAUCAAUUUUAAAGAGCAAAGAACGUAAGCAUCGAUGGUACGAGCAAAAAAAGAAGGAAAGGAUGGAUUCAGGAUUUGGAGAGGCUGACGUAGAAUCCUUAAAUAAUAACAAUAAUGAAUCUUUAAAUCAAGAGAGUGUUGUUGAGCAGUGUUGCUGA